AGCAGUGUUAUAGAUGUGUAGGAAUGUACUGAGAGUAUUGACUUCGAAUGUAAAGUAUGAAAAGGCAUUAAUUAUACGGUUUAUUCUUGGAAAUAUUUUUAUUAUGAAUAAGGUUUAUUUUGUUGAAACAUGUAUCACGUCAGUCUAGGGAUGGACAGUUGAAGUCAGUUGAGAUUUAUUCCUACAUUUAGCAAAUUCUCAGAGCUUUCCAAGAUCAGUGUUUUUUAAAAUCUCUUUUCCGCAUUGUUUGUUUUCUUGAAUUCUUAUUCCUCCGCCUUAUUUGAACCUGGUUCGUCCGAUGUUCGGUUCUAUUUUGGCACUGGAAUGUGCGGCGACACUUGCGGGCUGCCCUCAGAACAUCCUUGGGCGUUUUGGUUGUUAACGCAAACGACGCAUUUCAUUGUAUGUUUCGAUGUAUGUAUUCCCCGAAGUGGCGUUCAAAGGCGUUUCAGAAGUUCUUUUGAUCCUGUCAUCCACAAAACGUAGCUUUGAAAUUUUCAAGCUAAGGGGGAAAUGGGUGGUGGUGGCGGGGAGGGGGGAAAUCUGCCAAAUUAGCACAACACAGGGUGCCACUCUUCUGCAGAUUCCAGGCGAGUGGUUCGGAAGAAAUUAGUUAAAGGCAAUUGAACAUUCAAGUGAAAAUACAAUGAAAUGUUUAAUAAGUAAAUCAUAAACAUAAACAUAUUAUUUAAACGUUUAAACCGAAUCACCUUAAUUUAUCGUUUUCAUAAUUUUCUUCCCAACCUUAUUCGAACAUUCACAACAUUACGAAUAUUCAAACAAAAUAUCUAGUAGAAGAAAGAACGGAAAUUGCCCAAUGGAGAGAAUUUAAAUUCCCAGCUUUUCCAAGAUCCCAUAUGGGUCACCAGCUCUUACAAGCCACUCGUUAUAGCUCUCUUCAUUCAUGCAAUUCUGAAGACCGGGAAUGUACCAGCCUCGGUGAGAUCCACGGCUCCGUUCGAUGUCAUGAAGCGAUUAACAGCCUUGUUAGCCAAUGGGGAAGCGGUGGCGCUCCCGUCAAUGCCCACAGAAGGGUCCCGCCCUCUCCUGCACUGGACCAAUGAGCGUUGGCGUGGGGCACGAGGGGUGGGUUCAGCUGCUAUGGCUUUGAGCAGGCGGCGUUAGCUUGUCAAACAUGGCUUCGAGUAGCAAUAGCGGCAACACGGGUUCCACUCUGCUGCAGCCCUUCAGCGAGGCCAUUAACCUAUCCGUCGACCAGGUGAAUUUUGUAGUAUGUCAGUUGUUUGCUCUGCUAGCAAGUGUGUGGUUUCGACUUUAUCUUCAUCCAAGUAAAACAAGCAGCUUUGUCAGGCAUGCUGUUGCCACUCUUCUGGGACUUUAUCUUGCAGUGUUCUGCUUUGGAUGGUAUGCUUUGCAUUUUAUUCUUCAGACUGGAAUUUCUUACUACAUUAUGGUCAUUGUUGGGGCAGGCCACAUGCAUAAGUUCUGUUUUGUCUUUGCUUUUGGAUACCUCACCCUCUGCCAAGUUAGCAGAGUAUACCUCUUUGAUUACGGACGAUAUUCAGCUGACUUUACCGGUCCAAUGAUGAUAAUAACACAGAAGAUAACCAGCUUGGCUUUUGAAAUUCAUGAUGGUAUGGCACGUAAAGAAGAGCAUCUGACUCCAGCACAGAAAUCUUUAGCUGUCUGGACCAUGCCAAGUAUAUUGGAAUAUUUAAGCUACAACUGUAAUUUCAUGGCUAUCCUAGCCGGACCCUUCUACACAUAUAAAGACUACAUUGCUUUCAUUGAAGGCAGAACGUUGCACAGGAAGAGUACUGCAGUAAAUGGAAAAGGGGAUGAACAAUAUGAUAAUGUAGAACCUUCACCUGUGCCAGCUGUACUGUGUAAGCUUCUCGUCUGCGGGAUUUCUUUGGCUUUUCACCUGACGGUCACAAAUAUGUUCCCUGUUGCAUACAAUAUUGAUGAAACAUUUGUGAUGACAGCUAGCUUGCUUAGCCGAGUGUUCUACCUUUAUUUUUCAUUAAUGGCUGCCCGGCCAAAAUACUACUUUGCUUGGAGUCUUGCUGACGCUAUCAACAAUGCUGCAGGAUUUGGCUUCAAUGGUUAUGAUGAGCAAGGCAAUGCACGUUGGGACUUGAUUUCAAAUUUAAAUAUUGUGAACAUUGAGUCAGCAACAAGUUUUAAAAUGUUCAUUGAUAACUGGAACAUACAAACAGCUCGCUGGUUUAAAAGAGUUUGCUAUGACCGCUGCCAUUAUCAUCCAACAGUAGCAACUUUUAUCCUCUCUGCAAUGUGGCAUGGAGUGUACCCAGGCUAUUACAUGACGUUUCUUACAGCAAUACCAAUAACAUUAGCAGCUCGCGCAAUUAGAAACAACUUUAGAAACUCUUUUAUUAGGACACCAGCGUUCAAAUUAUUUUAUGACAUUUUCACCUGGAUUGCAACCAUGAUAGCAAUAAGCUACACAGUUGCGCCAUUUGUUUUGCUCUCAGUGGAGCCAUCCCUAAAAUUUUACCGUUCUUGGUAUUAUUGUUUCCAUGUCGUUCCUCUGUUGGUCAUAUUGGUAUUGCCAAUUAAACCAAGACGAAAGGAAAAUGAACAGAACCAUUCAAAACAGAAAUCACUGGUAGAACGAUUGACCUCGAACAAUUAUUCUGCUUUGAACAACAACUUGGACCAGAUACCAAGACCAUCGUGAACACCAAGUGCAUUUGAAUAGGAGAUACACUAUUAAUGCAAGAUCUGCAGGGGAUAAAUUUGACCUUUGACUUCCUGGAGAUUCAUCUGAAGGGCUGAUUUCAGAACUUCUAAUUUUCUAGCAACAAUGCAACCAUAAACGACAGAUGUGAACGACAAAGACUUAUGAUAUUGAGAGGGGAACCUCUUGUUUUCUACACAGGAAAUAGUUAUUUCCAUACUACUCACUUGUAGACAGAGAAAGAAAGGAUAUUCUGAAAACCUCAAACAUGAUCAUCUACAUUUUGAAACGCUGAAUACUUAUUUUUAUGCUUUAAGAUGGUUGGUAAUAUGUAAGUUAUAACUUAUUGUUUUCAGAAUUUUAGUGCAAGAAUUCUGACUUUUUUUCUGUAGUCACUCGAAUUGGGAUAAUAUCUUGUUUGUAGCAAAAAGUAUCAAUGACCACGAUGCCAAUCCUAAUGAUAGACUGCAUUCAGUUUUGGAUUUUUUUUUCUGUUUUGAGUAGAGUGGUUUAUAUGUAGAUAUUGGGCACUAAUUUUUUUUCUAACUUGAAUUUCUAUGUGUCAAAUUUGAAGCUUUUAAAAGAAAUAGAAAUAGUUUUAUAGUUAAUCAAUAAGGAACUGUAGAAGUACUUGAAAUUGUACUAGUGUUAAUAAUGCCAAAACUGGAGCUUAUGCUACUAAAGAUCAUGAAAAUUUUGAGGCUCCUGCGAUCAACAACUGGUCAUUUAACAAAGGUGGUGCAUGGUUGUGACAAAAUAUUCUUAAUCAUUCUUUGAGGGUGUCCACUGUAAAAUCAGCGAUGUUUACAAAUUUUUAAUGUGAAUAAAUACCAAGCACAAUAUAUUUAUACUUCAAAUAAAACUUCCAAUUUAUCAGGCUCUAAAUAAGAAUAUUAUUGCUAUUUGGAGAAAAAAUAAAAUAAUUUGACUCAUCUGAAAAAUAUAGCAAUAAUUGAUUAAAAAUGCAUUCAUGUUGUACGUUGUUUUAUUUAAAUAACCUCAAGUAUAAUUUUUAUUCAAAUCCUUAACCACCUUUACACUAAAUUUUUCUAUACAACUGCUGUCUAAAUUUUUAAAUGACAGAUUCAAAGAAUGGAAUGAGAUUGGUAUGUAGCAAAUCAUAACAACAAUUAUCUUUUUCUGUGAAGAAAGACAAGAAAAUCACAUCUGUCAUAAAUCUUGUUAGUUGUAUGUGGGGGCCACGGUAGUGUAGCGGUUAGCGCAGCACUAUUACAGCUUGGGAUAUCGGAGUUCACUUCUGGUGUCCUCUGUAAGGAGUCUUUCUAUAUCCUCCCCAUGGAAUGCAUGGGUUUUCUCUGGGUGCUCUGGUUUCCUCCCACAGUCCAAAGACAUACCAGGUAGGUUAAUUGGUCUUUGUAAGUUGUCCAGUGUAGGUUAGGGUUAAGUAGGGGUUGUCAGGGGUUGCUAGGCAGCAUGGCUCGAAGGGCCUGAAGGGCCCAUUCCACGCUGUAUCUCUAAAUAAAUAAAAUAAAAAUGAUUAAAUGUUCAAUGCUCAUUAUAAUUUUAGUUUCCAGAAGGCUAAGCUUAACUUAAGACUAUGGUUUUGUUCUUUUUAAUCAACCUCAGUUUCAACAAUUCUAGGCAUGGCCAUUUAUCCAUGGUUGAUAUGAAUAUUAGAAUAUUUAAAGUAGAGUGAUGAUAGCAUUUUUAUUCCAUGUAUUUGUAACAUUGCACUGUAAUUAAUGGUAUAUUAGCUGUAUCAAGUUUACAAUGUGGAAACGUUUAAUUAAAUUUGUAUUAUCUGCACAGUGAUGAAUUGUAUUAAAAUUUAUCCUAGUGCAAUUCAUUUCAGGAGAAUGGUUGAAAAAAACUUUUAAUGUCAAAAAAUGAAAUAUUAGAUGUUUUUAUAGAUUUUUAAACAUCAGCUGUUCAACCUGUUGUGAUUUGUUUCUGAAUUUAACCACUAUAAAUGAAUUUGGAUUGGCUUCCAAAAUGUUUUACAUAAGGGGAAAUUCCUCUUAAUACUGACUUUGCAAACAAUUUUAUUUUUCUAUUAAUGCUACAUUGAACAUAAAUUAGUUUAUUUUCCCAUUAUGAAAAAGUGUUCAGUGGCUGUGGGCUUUCAAAACCUUACAAGAUUAAACAGAAUAGAAAUCACCAAAAUAUGCCUUUCCAAUUCUCACAAUGUUGUCUAUUUUUAAUUCUUGUAGCAAAAUUAUAAUACAAUAUUUUGAACUAUUUUUUGUUUAUCAAAAUAUGUAAAGUAUUUUCUACCUGUAAUUUGCAGGGAAAAAGAUUACUCUUAAAGAGCUGCACUGAUGUCAUUUCAGAGAUUCUUCUUCACCUUUUGUAGAAGCUAUAUUUGAUUGUUUUGAUACAUAAUGCCAGCUGUUAAGUGAUUGUUGAAGUGAUUGUAUAAUCAUAUGUAAUGUUUAAUUUGUGAGAUCAAAAUUUGAUUAAAAUAAUUGCUAAGAAUUUGUUUCUGCAAAAUAAUUUGGGAGC